CGCCCACCCAGGAAACAGGGCUGCCCUGGCACUCACAUGUGACACGUCAUUGUUUGACAAUUUUACGUUGAAAUUUUAUUGAUUCCUCGAUUUGGUCUGCCAGCGGAAAUGGAUCCUGUUGUCGUCGAGAUCGUCGACGCACCCGACGACCGGUGGUACCUGUGCACCAAGUGCUUUCAACGCUUCCUGUGGGUGGACCUCUCGUCGCGGCAGCUUCGCUGCCGCCGCUGCCGCCUGGCCGACAAGCAGUGCGCCAUCUGCGACCAACUAUUCGAGCCGACGAAUGGCCAGCAGCAGUACUGCAAGCGCUGCGACUACUUUCUGAUGCAGCACGCCUUCGGACAGAAGCCGCCACCGACGCGGGAGAAGGCCGAGCUGCUGUUGCAGCUGCAGCUGCAGCUGCAGCUCAAGACUCCGGCGGGACACAACCCCUCGGUCACCGAGCGUUGGCGGGAGAUCAAGUGUGCGGCCGGCCUGGCGGAGGAUGUGAAUUUGAGUGAUUGAAUAAACCCCCCGAUCACGGAAA